CUUCCAGCAGUUUUUGAGAGAAAUGUGCAGGAAGCCAUCAACAAUUAUACUUGUGAAACACUUUCACCACUUCCAUCACUUUCAUCUAGUGGUCGUACAACGCCCACAGAGUUGAAUAAUUCUUGGUCUGGAAUAAACAGCUAUACUACUGGUUUGUCUACUGAAAGAAGUUCAGUUUACUCCUGGAGGGAUGAUGAAUUUGAUAAAGCCAAUACACAGAGAGUGCAUCAGUUAUUUUGGGAGAUUGAUGAAAUGCUGUUUGAAGGAAAAGUGACCACCCAAACUCAGAGCCUGCAGGCAGAAUGUGCAGACUGGGUUGAACGAUUUCCUCAUCUAAGGGUUCUAGGAAAGCAGCUCCUAUUGCUGAAGGAUGAAGGCUUUCAGCAUUUUCAGAGCAGAAGUGAUACCUCUGUGGAUACUAAGUGUUUACCAGGACUCCGUGAAUGUACUAGUAAUAUAAAAGAGCUCUGCAUUUCAGGCUCUAAACUGAUCCCAACAGCAUCUCCGAUACAUAAAUCACUAGAUUCAAGUUCCACUCGGAUUUCUGCCUCUGACUCAUCCAUGUAUUCGUUCCUGGAAGAAGAAAUCUAUGAUAUGGAUGGAAAAAUAGAAGAAUAUCUGGCCUUUGACAACAAGGAGCUUGAUGAUGAGAGUUGGGAACAAAAGAAAAUGCAUCUUGCUGAGAAGAGGAGUAAGCGUGGCAUUCCCCCUGUUUCUCCCAAUGCCUGUAUCAAAGAUGCCGUGGUUUCUGAAGUAUUUGAUUGUAUCUGGAGCAAUGUAAUUGGAAUAUUAGAGGAACUGAUUAAAAAAAAUUGGGAAACUAGUAUCACAGAGGGUGACAAACAGGUGGAAAAACUGAAAGCUGUUACAGCAAAACUGCCACAUUUGCCAGUUGUUCGUAUUACAGCAGAUGCUGGGAGCAUUCCUCUUUCCAGAGGCUCUGAAGCACGAAGUGUAUCGUUUGGGUCUCAUUUUGUUUCCUCGCAGGUUCACCGUUUCUCCAGCAACUUCUGUAGUGAUUUGAAUGGUGUGAUGACAAUUCAAGCAAAACCCCUCCAACAGAGGCAUGUUGCCACAGUAGAAAAAAUACAGAAUGAGCAAGAAGACAAACAGCAUAGCAUUGCCUCCAGUGCACCAAAUUUAGUGCACACUAGGUUGGGGAGAACUGCUGAUAACAGUGUUCUCUCAUCAUCUCGGGUGCUGCUGGCGUCUUCUAGGAAGCUACCAAGCCAUCGUAGGUUACCUUCUCUCACUUCUGAUCAGCUCUCCUCAAAAGCUCCUAAUAAGUACAAUGAUGAAAUCCUUAGGGGCACUAAAUUGGGUGCCAGCUCGGAUCGUUUAUGUUCUGCUCAUGCACCUACAACCUGGAACAAGUUACCACCAAUAAACUCAGAGGCUGUUGAACAAUAUCUUUCAGUACCUCGGUUGCAGCAGAGCUCUCAUCGAGGACGAUAUGCUCAUAGCAGAGUGUCAAGUGCAGUGCCUAGCAGUACAGAGCAACGGCCGCUCAGAGAAAGAACUGUUGUUAUUGAUCAAUUUUCAAGGCCCAACACAACUCAUACAUUCAGGACAGACACACCUCAGAAAAGAUCACUGACUCCCAUGGAUUUUGCUAACCACAGAGGGACAGGUCAAGGAUUUUUAAUAGACAUUGACAAGAAUGCAGAGAAACGAUGGCAAAAUGGGUCCCUUGCCAUCUUGUUGCACUUCAUGGCAACCCAGAACUUACAUUGUGGACUAAAUGUAAAAGAUGAAUAUGCGCUGGGCCAUGAUACAGCAGCAGCAGCUAUGAACUGGGCCCCGUACUUACUUGGAUGUAAUCCUGAAGCCCAGAAGAAGGUUCUCAGAGAACUGGACAAGGUGUUUGCUGCUUUAUUUAUGCUGUUUGUUGGUUUUCUAAAAAUGCUGGUGCAGUCAGUGCAGUCAAUUUUGGUACAAAACAGACAGGAGAAACAUGACGAUGGCUUUAAGAAGCUUUUGUGGUAUAUUCAGGGGGUGAAGUUUUGCAAAUUGGGUGUAAGCCAUGCUGCCAAUUCACUGAACUUCCGUUUGACCACGAGGUUUCUGAGCAUUGGAGGCUUUGAGGAAGAGGUGCUCAGCAGCCCUGCAGCAGUGAGAAGAGACCCUGGCUCCUCCUGA